AUACUUCUUCUACACAAGCACAAAUCUCUAUCAAGCUUCGAUCUUUCUUCCAGCGAAGAGCGAGUGUUUCCACAAACCCUAAACUAUGUCCGGCGGUUUCUUCCGGGGUACUUCCGCCGAGCAAGAUACUCGGUUUUCUAACAAGCAAGCCAAAUUGAUGAAGAGUCAGAAAUUUGCUCCGGAGUUGGAGAAUCUGGUGGAUGUGACUAAAGUGAAGAUGGAUGUUAUGAAGCCUUGGAUUGCGACUAGAGUCACUGAGCUUCUUGGUUUUGAAGAUGAAGUGCUGAUUAACUUUAUCUAUGGUCUUCUUGAUGGGAAGGUAGUGAAUGGUAAGGAGAUUCAGAUAUCGCUAACUGGAUUCAUGGAGAAAAAUACUGGCAAGUUUAUGAAAGAACUUUGGACACUUCUUCUAAGCGCACAGAAUAAUUCAAGUGGUGUUCCACAGCAGUUUUUAGAUGCUAGAGAAGCUGAAACAAAGAAGAAACAGGAAGAAGCCAUACAAAAAGCAGAUCGGUUAGCAAAUGAAAUAGAGAGGAAGAGGGAGGGAGAGAAGAAGAACCCUGAGCAUGAUAUAUUGAGGAAAAUAGACAGCGGUGUAAAACACAAGGAGACAAAUGGCAUGGAUACAAAACCUUCAAGAGAUCGUCCAGAGGAUGGGAGAAGGGCUGACGAGAAGAAUGGUGUAAAAGAAAGGAGAAGGGAUCUGAUACCUCCACGUGGCAGAGAUGCAUCCCGCUCACCCCUUAGAGGGUCACGUUCUAGGUCUAUCAGCAAAACAAAUUCAGGCUCGAAAAGUUAUUCUGGUGAACGGAAAUCCAGGAGCUCUUCUCAAUCAUCAGAUGCCUCCAUCUCACCUAGAAAGCAGAGAUUGUCGAAUUCAAGACGUAGAUCCAGAUCACGUUCCCUGCGUAGGUCUCUAUCUCCUCGGCGACGUAGGAUACAUUCUCCUUACGGAAGCAGGUCGCGGUCACCUAUUAGACGUCACAGGCGACCUACGCCUGAGGGACGCCGUCAAUCACCAGCCCCUUCAAGGCGUCGCCGUUCUCCAUCUCCACCUGCUAGGAGGCGCAGGUCUGACUCACAAGAGAGGUCUCCGUCACCAGUGGCUAGGCGCAGGGAUCCCACUGGGGCAAGAUUGCCUUCACCACCGGCUGAGCAAAGGUUGCCUUCACCACCCGCUGGGCAAAGGUUGCCUUCACCACCCCCUAGGCGUGCAGGAUUACCUUCGCCAAUGAGGGUUGGAGGAUCUCAUGCAGCCAAUCACCUGGAAUCACCAUCACCCAGACCCAGUUCACUGUCCCCUCCUGGUAGGAAAAAAGUUUUACCAUCUCCACCUGUUAGAAGACGUAGUUCACUGACACCUGCUGAAGAGCGAGUCUCCCUGUCACCAGCUGGACGCCAUGAAGCAGAAUCCCCUUCGCAUGUCAAGCAAGGUGGAUCUAUGUCACCUGUUAGGGGUCGAGGUAAAUCUUCUCCUUCUCUACAUCAGAAAGCGCGCUCUCCUGUUCGCCGCAGAUCACCAACACCUGUCAACCGGCGAAGUCGAAGAUUUCCAUCUGCUUCACGAUCACCUGAUGACAGACGUAGGAGACGGUCUCCAUCUUCGAGCAGGUCUCCUUCUAUGUCUCGAUCACCUCCUGUUCUUCAUAGAUCUCCUUCUCCAUGUGGAAGAAAACAUCAGAGGGACAGAAGAUCUCCUGGGCAUCUAUCUGAAGAACAAGAUAGGGUUCAAAAUUCCAAGCUGUUAAAGAGAACUUCAGUGCCUGAUACUGUCAAGAGGAAACAAUUACCAGAGGAGGUGAUAGAAGUUGGGCGUGUAGAACAUUAUAAGGAGCAAGAGAGAAAGAGUGAUAAGUUGUCAGAGAGGCGUUCCGGUUAUAAAACCCGUGGUUCACAGAUGUCCCCAGUAGAAAAUUCAGAAGGAAAGAGUCGGGCUGUUUCUGGUAAAGUGAAAGACAGUGAGCAGGUUGAGAACGAGGAUAACAGCGACCUGGAUGCAAACCUUUCCUCUGAUUCUAAGGAAAGCAGCAGACAUCGAACUAAGGAUAAAAAGAGAAGAAAGAAUAAAAGGUCUUCGAGGGAAGAAGUAUCUUCAGAUGAUAAUGUCAGUUCUGAUUCUGACCUAGAUGAUAGGAAGGAGGCUAAAAGGAGGAGGAAGGAGGAGAAGAAAACGAGAAAGGAGGAGAAGAAACGUAGGCGAGAGGAGAGACGUCGUAAAAGGGAAGAACGUCGUGGUGGAAAGGAGAAACAUAAGAAUCGAGAGCUAUCUGAUACUUCAGAGGGAGAAGCUGAAGCCCGUCCUAAGAAUAAAAAAGGGGAGGAGUCUGAUCCAAAGAGGCUUGAAAUUGAGUUGCGAAACAAAGCACUUGAGUCACUGAAAGCAAAGAAGGGCAUCAGCCACUAAGUCCUUAUCCAGCGUUAUUUGAACAUCAUCUUUUAAGAUACAAUCCCUUGCUAGAUUUAUCCCUCUAUGUUGUGUUUUUUCUUACAUGUUCAAACUUUCUUAUGUGGUCUGUUUGUUGGUGGCAGCAAAAUUGGACAAGUGACAAUUACUCUGCUAUUCUUGAGUGCAGACUUUAUGCAGACAUUCAUGGCUCUGAUAUUCUGGUAAUAGUUUCUUGCAUUGAGUAGUCUCUUUAUGGAAAUUUGGUAUUGUGAUUGUCUGGGAAUUAUUGUGUUUGGGUUGAUAGGAGAAUGCUAAUGCUCCACAAGCUUAUGCGGUUGCUUGUGGUAAUCAUAUUGGAUUAGUUGAAAUUCCAAUGUUAUACUGAAACUUCGUUGUCCUCUGAGAUUUGUUUAUAGAUGAGACUAUGAGAGUCAUGAGACUAUAGUGUCAACUACAGGAAUUGGUUAAGAAAGUGGCUAUAUUACGGAUCCUCUCAUUUGUGCCUGGACUCACUCAGCUGAAGUACACAAUCACUUUUCUGGCAUCUUAGAUUAGCAAAGGCUUUACCUUAUAGGAUUUGCAAUAACAAUUCUUGUUUUUC